CCACCAAACACUUUUAACAUCAAACAUCAUGUGGUAUGAUAAAUUAUUCACCGAGAGAUGGGUCUCAAAUGCGACGCGAUUUUCCCUUAUACUGUACGUAGGCGUAAUACUCUGUGCGAUUCUACAAGUCCCAGAACAGGCAUACAUCGAUCCUACACACACAGUGUACAGACGUGAUGCUGUCAGUCUCAGCAGAAAAGAUGACGUGAAAACUGUGCAACAGGUAGACCCCGCGCAAGGGAGAUCAAUACGAAAUACGGCAGCAGAAUUCUUCGAAGAGUUCCUUACGCGUCCAGGACCUGAUGUCGCACUCAAAGCCCUAGCAAAGCGCAUAGGAAUGCGCCCAUACGUAUACCCGUUACACUCAAGUCUGUCGAAAGAUUUAAUAGCGAGUGUAAAAUAUAAGAUGAAAGGCGAAAUCGAGGCCGAUAGAGAUAGCGCCAACGAGAUGGCCACACGGGGUAGAGACCCGGACACAUACGACUGCAAGUCUUCCGCGUACUCGCUGGAAUAUUCGUUUCCAAGGAUACUACGAAGGAAAAAACUUGCUACUGCUCCGCGGCCGAAUGCGUAUAUUGUGCCCUUCUUAUCAUGGUGCGAGAUGCUACGUCUGGAUAUCCAUCGCGACAGGCGGAUACGAAAAGUUCAAAAGUAUCAUGAUGUCGUUUUACAAGACAUACGACAACGUAACUUUUUUGAUAUGAAUAGCGGGACAGACCACAUUUUCUUGGCGACCCCAGAAUAUGGGUCCUUACUGUACGGCAGCAAGAAUUCAGAAUUGAUGAAGAACGCUGUGUUCAUGGUGCACAACGCCGAGAGGUCUUCCCACUGGUAUCGGAAUCACAGACUAUGUGUCGUAGCGCCAGAUAUUGCCACAACCGGGAUACGUCCGUUAUACAAUUACACGGUCGAAGAGCAAUCUGCCAUCCAGAGUAACCGCACAACGCUGGCUUACUUCUGGGGUGAUAUCCCUAAUGACGACAUACGCGAUAGGGAUGGCUUGACCUAUUCCAAGGGUGUGCGACAGUAUAUAAAAGCGUCUUUCUCGCAACAUCCCGACUUUAAGAUAUCCAAUUUCACAUCGGAAACCGUGAGUGGCGAUAUGCUCUCAUCAGUGUUUUGUGUGGCCCCGGAGGGAUUUCAUGCAUGGUCGGCAGUUCCGUACUAUGCAAUGAUACUUGGUUGUAUCCCUGUUGUCAUAUCAGACGAGCUGGUACUGCCGUAUGAGUGGGCCGUUGACUAUAGCAAGUUCAUUGUACGAAUAUCGCCCGGGAAAAUACGUCAUAUCCACGAGAUACUGAAGCAGUACUCAACCAAGGAUGUACAAAAAAUGCAACACGAACUGUUGCGAAACUGGAGACUUUUUUGGCACGGUGUUGGAGGACUUGGGCACCAGGCCUCCCUAGUCGCCUUGGGUGUGCAGAUGAAUCUGAUUGAUGUGAAGCGAUAGCAAAUGUUCCCCUGUAGCCCACUUCAUCGUUGCCGCCCAUGUAGCGCCCCAAUCAGCAUCUAUCGGUACUCUCUAUAUGAUACUUCAAGAAGACCAGCUAUGUUUCAUUGGUUUAUGAUCUGGCCCGUGUGCGUCGUAGAGUGACCGGGCUGUAUGGCGCAAACUUGGAACUCUAUGAACAGAACGUGUCACACUUUGUGUACGUGAAGCAGCCAAAAACAAAAAUACCUUGUCGAGAGGAUAAAAAGUGCCGACUUAGCAAAGCUCGCAUCAAGUCUACGUGCACUGGUUCAUUCUAAAUAUAGAUUGGGAGUGCGCGGAGCUUGCUUGCCGUACUGUGUCAGUACAGUAACAAGCGAAGUAACGUAUUUACUUCGUCUGCAGUCAGUCACACAUGCACACACGGCAUCACGCCUCACCAG